AUGAAUAUUGAUGCAUCUAUCAAACAACGUCUAUCAGACGCUCAUCAAUCGCAUUUACUUGACUAUUGGUCUGAACUGACUGAAGAUCAACGUCGAAAAUUAUUAGAAGAUAUCAAUGAAAUUGAUUUUGAUCGCGUAAGAAAAGCUUAUCAUGGCAUUAAACAAGAAUUAAUAGCAGAUCAAACAAUACCAAAUAAUGAGAUACUUGACGAAGAUGAUGAAAAACGUGAAAGUAUUGAAGAUAUUAUGGAGCCAGUCCCUGAUGCUAUAAUUGGAUCUAUCAAUCAAACAAGUGACGAACAAUUAAAAAUUUAUCAUCUGAAAGAUAACUUGCAAGCUAUUUCUGAAGGCUUAGUAUGUGUCUUAUUACUUGCUGGUGGGCAAGGGACUCGUCUUGGUGUCGAUUAUCCAAAGGGAAUGUACGAUGUUGGUUUACCAUCGAGAAAAACACUCUAUCAAAUUCAAGCAGAACGUAUACGUCGACUUCAACAACUAGCUAAUGAAGAAUUUCAAACAACUAAAUCAGUUGUUCCAUGGUUCAUAAUGACAAGCGAGCAUACUCAAGAAGAAACUGAAAUAUAUUUACGUUCAAAUAAUUAUUUUGGAUUAAAACCAGAAAAUGUAAUUCUAUUCGAACAGCAUACAUUACCUGCAUUAGAUUUUCAAGGAAAAAUACUACUAGCUGAAAAAUAUAAAUUGACCAAAGCAGCUGAUGGCAAUGGUGGUUUAUAUCGCGCAUUGAAAACACGCGGUAUUCUAUUGGAAAUGGAAAAACGUCAAAUAAAAUAUAUUCAUGUUUAUUGCGUUGACAAUAUUCUUGUGCGUUUGGGUGAUCCGAUAUUUGUUGGAUUUUGCAUAGAAAAAAAUGCUAAUUGUGCAGCAAAAGUCGUUAAAAAAUCAUUUCCAAAUGAAGCUGUUGGCGUCAUAUGUAAAGUUCGAGAUCGGUAUCAAGUUGUUGAAUAUUCUGAAAUAUCCGAUAGAACAGCACAAAAGAAAAAAUCUGAGAAUACUGAUGAAUUAUUAUUUAAUGCAGGAAACAUAUGUAAUCAUUGUUUCACAUUAGAUUUUCUUCAAGAUGUGUGCCAAAGUCAUGAUGAUGAACUUCGAUAUCAUAUAGCAAAAAAGAAGAUACCAUCAAUUGAUAAGAAUGGUCAACGUGUCAGUAAACCAAAAGAAAUCAAUGGAAUGAAAUUGGAAAAAUUUGUUUUUGAUGUAUUUCCAUUCUCGAAAGCAUUUGCUGUUUGGGAAGUACACCGUGAAGAUGAAUUUUCUCCAUUGAAAAAUGGUACAGGAACUAAAGAUACACCUGAAACAUGUCGAAGAGACUUGAUACUUCAACAUAUUCGAUAUUUGAAACAAGCUGGCGCUUUAUUACAAGAAGUCAAUGAAAAUUGUUGUGAAAUUUCUCCACUUGUUUCUUAUGCAGGAGAAAAUCUCGAUUUUGUCAACGGACAAAAGCUGCGCUUUCCAAUAAUUAUUGAACUAAAUGCAGAAACACAAAAACCGGAAAUCAAUACAAAUAAACAUUGUUCUUGA